CGUACCGACUUUUUCCGAGUAGACCGUGAAUGCAUCACAGGGAUCAACCUGGAGGAGAGUAAAGAAAAACUCUCUAACCAGAAACCACCGAAGAAGAACAACAAGUUUACACAACAAUGGGACUUUUUCCGGUUUUCACACUUCAGAGUACGAUACAUUACUUAUUGAUCGAGUCGAUUACCGGUUAACAACUUUUAGUCGAGGGGGAAAUUAGUUAUAAAUUAGUCGACGUGUUUUAUUGUUGUUUGUCGGAGUUCUGAUGGAAGUGAGUGAGACGGGUCACUUUUAACAGACAGACAGGUCGUUUUAACGGCUGUCUCUCUGUGGACGCUCUGCGUGUCUUCCGGUUCAAUGUCCUCAGCAAACUGCGCGGAGGAGCUGGACUUCAGGCUCGUCUUCGAGGAGGACGCCAGACGGACGGCGACAGGUCCAGACCUCAAUGUGAGGACUCCUCCCUCCUCCACUCAGGCUCUGGCCGAGCAGCUAGUCAGCCAGGAGCUGCAAAGUUUCCCCUACCAGUAUAAUGACCAUUACCAGUCUCAGGGGCCCCAGUACGGCGCCCUGGGGAACCCCAGAACCUUUGACUGCCCGAGUAUCCAGAUCACCUCCAUCGCACCCAACAACCAUGUGGAGCCGGUCAGUAACCAGGGAGCUUUGGCGGUGGGUGGUGCUGAAGGGGGUUACCCCGAGGGGUCCUGGUCCAGAGGCCAGCUCUACCUGCCCCUGGUCCCUUGCUACCGGGACCCGGCGCUCUGCCCGAGCCCCUGCAGCAGCCUGUCCUCCAGGAGCUGGAUGUCCGACCUCUCCUCCUGCGAGUCCUUCUCCCACGUCUACGACGACGUGGAGGUGGAGCUGAGCGACGCCGCCUGCCUCGCCCUCGGUUCCCCCAUCGGGUCACCCCUGGGGUCCCCGGGCUGCGGGGGCGGGGCCUUCGGGGUGGAGCUGUGGCAACAAAAAUACCAACAUCCUUCAGCCUUCAGUCCGGCGCUGUCGCCCCAACAGUCGCCCUGCCACUCCCCUCGCACCAGCGUCACUGAGGAGAGCUGGCUGAACCGCCGGCCCACCUCCAGGCCGUCGUCCAGACCGACGUCCCCCUGCGGUAAGAGACGCCACUCCAGCGCCGACCGCCCCCACACCCGCUCGCCCUCGCCUCACCACUCCCCCAGCCCCACCCCGGGCGCCUCUCCGCGGGGCAGCAUGACUGACGACACCUGCGUGGUGGGAAGCCCCGGUGCCCUGGGGCCCCUCCUGAUGUCCGGCUACCAGGAGCUGGACGUCCCAUCCAAGACCAGGAGGACGUCGGGGAUCCAGCUGGGCCUCCUGGCCGGUCAGGGAGACCCGGGGCUGGAGCCCUUCCUGGACUCUCCCGGCGAGGAGGGACAUGAACAGGAUGUCCUGGAGGAUCUCUUCCUUCAGGUGCCGUCCCACUUCAGCUGGAACAAACCCAAACCGGGGAACCCUCCUCUGUUCAGGACCUCGUCCCCCCCUCCUCUGGACUGGCCUCUGCCCAACCAGUACGACCAGUGUGAGCUGAAGGUGGAGGUCCAGCCCAGAUCGUACCACAGGGCUCACUAUGAGACGGAGGGCAGCAGGGGCUCCAUCAAGGCAGCUACUGUAGGACAUCCUCUCGUCAAAUUGAGUGGGUCCGGCGAGCAGCCGCUCAGCAUGGUGCUGUUCAUCGGCACGGCGGACGACCGCUACCUCCGGCCUCAUCCCUUCUACCAGGUCCACCGCGUGACGGGGAAGACGGUCACCACCACCUGCCACGAGAAGAUCAUGGGCGGCACCAAGAUCCUGGAGGUCCCUCUGCUUCCAGAUAACAACAUGGCUGCCAGCAUCGACUGCGCCGGCAUCUUGAAGCUGCGUAACGCCGACAUCGAGCUGAAGAAAGGGGAGAUGGACAUCGGGAGGAAGAACACGAGGGUCCGUGUUGUGUUCAGGGUCGCCCUCCCACAGCAGGACGGCCGCAUGCUAUGGCUGCAGACGACGUCCAAUCCGGUGGAGUGCUCCCAGCGCUCCGGUCAGGAUCUUCCUCUGGUGGAGAGCUUCAGUCCAUCCAGCUGCUGUGUGGACGGAGGAGAGGAGCUGCUCAUCAGCGGCUCCAACAUCUCCACACAGUCCAGGGUGGUGUUCAUGGAGAAAGGAGCCGAUGGAAGACCGUUGUGGGAAAUGGACGCCAGAGUUGUGCCAGAAAAAAGCAGCGGAGUAAGUAGAAACAUUCAGCAUGUUUCACAUUAGUGUUCACAGAUCAGAGUAAAGGGCGAGGCUGUUAUCUUCAUAUUUAUAUCACUCUGCAGCUUCCUGCUACGGCCUGUAUUCAAUUCCUGUUUAGAGUUAAUUAUGUUUUAGCGUCCGUUACCCAAGCCCUUCCUCAUCAUGUUUCCUUCUUUGAAGGGUCGAUCUUAGAUAUUUACUAGUUUUUGGAGUUUUUAAAUGUCACCUAAGAUGGUGACUAAGAUUCCCUGGAGAGGAAGUAAACGAGAGACACCAACACGUCUCUGAGACAGUUACUCUUAUUUAUUUACAUUAAAGACAAUGAAACAUGUUUAUGUUGCAUUUUGUCCAUGAAUGUGUUCUUCUUUUGUUAUCUAGCAACUAAAUACAUUUUACAUAAACUUCUGUCUUCCUCUCACAAACACGUUGAAGCAGAGAAAGCUCCUUAAAUACAGUAGAUAUAAAUAAAUA